AUGUCGAUUCCCACAUCCAAGCUGCUCCACCGCGCCUGCAAUCACUUGUCAAUCCCCCCCGGUCGCAGGUUCGCAACGACUCUGGCGGAUACGCAUUGCCAGGAAUUUACCCUCCCCGAUGGCCGGACUCUAGGGUUUGCCGAAUACGGCGAUCCUCGAGGCCAACCUCUCCUGUACUUCCACGGCUUCCCUUCCUCGCGCCUCGAGGCGUCAGUCAUGGACGACAUGGCUCGCCAACGCAAGAUCCGCCUUCUGGCCCUCGACAGGCCGGGCUUCGGCCGCUCGACCACCCAACCAGGACAACGAAUUCUCGACUGGCCGACCGAUGUCGUCGCUUUCGCAACGGGCCAGAACAUUGACCGCUUCGCCGUCAUGGGCGCUUCUGGCGGUGGCCCCUACGCGCUCGCUUGCGCCCGGGCGCUGCCCCGCGAAAUGCUCACGGGCGUGGGACUCUUCGCCAGCGGUCCACCUUGGUGGGCAGGGCGGCAGCACAUGUCUCUGACCCGGAGGGCGACAAGCCGAAUGGCGAACCAGUGGCCGUGGGGCUUGACGAUCUUGCUGCAGGGGCUCGUUGACACGGCGCGAUGGCUCCUGGGCACCGCAGUGAUCCGAAAGCGACUCGAUGUAUGGCUUCAGGAGGAACAAAAUAAGACUAAACCUGAACCCACUUCGGAAACAUCAGAGCCGCAGCGGCCCAUCUCAGAAGCGAGAGACAAUCUGCUGCGAAUGCUGAUUGACGAGCCGUUCAGACAGGGGUGCGAAGCGACGGUCUAUGAGGCGAAGCUCCUAUCGGCCGACAGUUGGGGCUUCGACAUUGAGGAUGUUGGGUAUGAAGGCGUGCACGUCUGGCAUGGUGCGAAAGACAAAAACGCACCGAUCCCCUUGAUACGACACAUGGUUGACAGGCUACCACGCUGUAGGUUCACGGAACUGAGCCAUGACACCCACUACACAAUGUUUCAACAUAUGGCUGGGGCACUGGACGAUCUUAUCCCGAAAGAGGCCACGCGCUCCAUAAGCAAGACAUAA